CUGACACCUCCAAAGAGCUUGUCCACCCUCAGUGCCCUUCGUGACAGCUCCUGGAGAGACGGCUGCUACUGAUGAACGGAUGAGCUGGUGCAGUAGUGCAGUGGCACCCUGCUGGCUAGGGUAGCUCGGGGCGAUAGAGGUCUACCUGGAGGUCUUGGGAAUCUGGGUUCGAUCCUCAUUUGAUGAUGUGACGUUUUGAAAGCUGAUGUUUAAAGGAAAGACUGAAAAGCGGCAAGAAACCGAGUUCACGUGUGUCCUCAGGUAGCUCGGGGUGACGGAGGCCUGCUUGGCAGUUCUGAGGUUGCGGGUUCGAUCCUUAUCGAGGCUCAGUGAAUUUUGAAGUCUAAAAGCACGAAGCAAAAAGAUAAAAGCGCCCGGAGAAAAGGUUCUAAUGCGAAAGGGACUUGGUGGCGUGGUGGGUUCGUCCGUGACCGUGAGAGUUACGGCGCCGGCGGUGUGGCGUCUGGUUCGAAUCCUACCCGUUGCCAGUUCCCGGAGCAUCAGUGACAUUCACGAAGGUGGGUGGGAGGGAGUAGGGGCCGUGUCCCCCCUGGGCCCUUGGUGAGGUAGAAGCAGGGGAUUAUAGGACGGUGAACAAUGAGCAGCUGAAAUUUUACUGAAGGUGCUGUAAAACAGCAUCAGAUUAUAUACUCAUCAAUAAUGUUGAACAAAUAUUGUAUAUUUUGCCUAACAAAAAAAACAUAUCAACAAUAACUGGAGAAACACAUCUAUAAUGUUGAAAGACUUGCAAUGACUAACAUACAAUUUGCAACAGCAUAACUUAUGCCUUGACCUUACAAUGCACACAACUAUGCCAAUUCAACUUGGGCAGUAUACAGGUGCUGAUCAUAUAACUAGAAUAUAAUCAAAAAGUUGAAGAUGUGAUAUACCAGACCCAACAAUGCUGAAGGCCAAUCAUCGGAACAACUGAUUGAUACCAGUGUUGAGUCAUGUACAUGCUCAUACUUUGCAGUUGGCCAGGAUUUCUAAAAAUCCUUUCUUUGUAUUGGGAUUUUCCUUAGUUGUAAUUAUCGAAAUAAACAUCUGAAAUAUGUCUGUGUGUGAUGAAUGAAUAUAAUAUACAUGUUCUAAUUAUAGCGAAUUAGCACCUGUACAUGCUCUGUUUGUCAUAUGAAACAAACCAGUUCAAAUGGGUUUCCUGAAAACUUUUUUUCAGAAAAUCACUGUGUGGGUCGACUCACCCUAUGGAUUUUGACAAAGCAGUGGAGAUAAAAAAUAGGCUCUCUCUUGGAGAUGUUACAGCAUCUCCCAUCUUACCAAAGAUGAUCAAGACAUAAAGACCUCCCACCCUGUAGCUUUUAAAAUAGCUAGAAAAUAGUACUUAUUUUCCCAUAAAGAUAUUCCAUUUAUCAACAUAUUAUCUAAAUGGCAUUUCACGCACUACUGCUUGUAUUAUUAUCAUCAUCAUCAUCGGCUUCGUAAACCCACUUUGUACUUUAUACUUAUACCUACUUGGUACUUAAUUUAUCUGACCUGUAUUAUAUUUUUUUGGUUAGUACUUCAAUUCCUGAAGCUGAGCUGCUGUAACAAAAGAGUUUGUUAAAUCAAUAAAGUGAUUCUGAUGAUGUCUAGGCUGAUCAAGUAAUUGUUUCAGUGUAUAUCAUAAAAUCAUUGUGAUAAACCGGAUUUUUUUUUCCUCCCGCUGCGUGACACAUCUCGCCAUCACAAACGAUCUUCGGCCACACACGCCCAGCCUCAGCACCAGCUCAUCCUUUCUCCACGGGGUUUUUCCUCCUCCCCCCCCUCCCCUAUGUGCGCUCACCAACAUUACAAGAAACCGUGACAGGGAUGAGGCCUUCGUGAUAAGGACAAACACUGUUGGACCUCGUUCUGCUCCUCCCCAGCUCGUUUCUCGCGGUUCGGUAUGUCUUUGAGCCUGCUGCCCCUCUCGCCAUGCCCGCUGCUGAACGCUACCUGUCGCCGCUGCUCCUGCUCUUUCUGCCGUCGUUGCUUUUGAUUUCCUGCCUGGAUGGGGCGGUGAGAGCAGCGGAGGAGGGCGGCGGCCUGCCCUCCUCCUCGCCCGGGGACAAUGGCCUCACCGUCGCGGUCGGAGACCCGUCUGCCGCCCCGGGGCGAUUUCUCAGCCCCUCCGCUCUGCUAGCAGAGUCCCAGUUUGCCCUGAAGGUCCUGGUGAGGGACCUGGUGACCCGUCAGCCACUGCCGGGUGCGUCAGUGGACGUUUAUUUGAACCACACCCUGAGGAGCUCUGCCCAAACAGGGGAGAGAGGUGAGGUUCUGAUCUGGGUAGCGUACAGUCCGGGCCUCAGUCUGACUCUGCUGGGCAACAUGGAAGGCUACGUCCCCAGCCCCCUGCCCUGGUGCACCACCAAGAGACCGAUUUUCUCUGCUGUGACGCUGCUGCUGCUCCCUCACAGUCAGGGGAACAUCUGGCUGUUUGAAGACUCAGUACUCAUCACCGGGAAGUUGCCUGACAGCUCAUCCCAACCCAAGGUUAAGUUCCCCAAGAACCUCCUCACAAUGUCUGAUAUGAGCAACAUCUCCUCAAUGACAGCGUACCUGACCGUGCCGCAGCACCACCUAGCUAAAGACUGCGCCAACUGCACUCCAGGCAUCAUCAGCAGCAGCAAAUCAGUGUUCAGAAGCAUCGAGCUGAAGGCGGUGGCGGCUGUCAAUGUCCUGCUGUAUUCUGGUGGUGAGGAGCUCCAGGUUCGAGGGCCCAUUCAAAUCAGCCUGCCCCUGGGACACAGCACAUACCUCAGGGCCUCUGAUACUGUGCCUGCCUGGGCCUUUAACCCAAUGACAGGUGCCUGGGAGAAUCAGGGUCUGGGAAUAGUGAAAACAGUAGGUGAUGAGCUGGUUUGGACCUACACCGCUUCCCAUCUGGGCCACUGGAUUGCUGCCCCCCUUCCCUCAUCAAAUGAUUACCUGGGACAUGGAAGCUCUUUGGAUUUCAUAUCACACCACACAUACCUGUUGAUGGGAAUACUGGGAGGAAUGCUGGCUAUAGUGAUUGUAUUUCUUUCCUUGCUGCUGUGUUACUGCGGGGGUUCUCAUCGAGAGCCCAGGAGGAGGAGGAGGGCACGUUUUUCCAAACUCACAGUGGUGAAAAAAGACCAAACCACCUCCACCCACAUGGAAGAGGGCUUGUUGUUCCGUUCUGGCGACAACAGCCUCGCUUCCUGCAGUGUCCAGUGUGAACCCUCGUCCACGCCGAGGCACAAGGCCAACUACAACAUCUAUGUGGAGGAUCCAGGGAGUCUCCCGGCGGCUCCCUUUUAUGAGAACAUUGCUCUGGAUCGGAUCAAAGGUUCCCAGCCGUCAUCUCACUACAUCAACAGUGAAGAGGUGGCUCGGCUUCGGGAGAGGUCAGAGCAGAACCGGGCCAACAUGAACUCUGACAGCUUCUUUCAAGAUAAGCUGGUUCAUAUCUACAACCAGCCAGUGGCUAUCAUUCAGGCGCCAGAGCUUUUCAGUGUUCAGGAGCAGCAACUGUCAGGCUGCAAGUCUGCUACUUUCCCCCGCAAUGGAGUUGAGUAUGAUGCUCACUCGGAGCCUGCAAGUAAAGACAGCUACACCCAGACACUACCCAAAGUCCCUCACCACCACUCCCAAGGUGGAAGCAGUCCACAGCAGAGCAGCCAAGAUGAGCCCCAGCCUCUGGAGACUCCUCCCCAAGGCCAAGGCCCUAACGCCAGUGUGUGGGGACGUUACAGUAACCUCCUUGAAUCCUCCGUCUCUGUGCCUGGGACUCUUAAUGAGGCAGCUGGUAUGGAGGCCUUCAGCAGUGGGCACGGUGUACCCAGCGAGCUGCAGGGGAUUUCAGAGCGCACCUUGCUGGAGCUUACCCGGGGCAAGUCCUUGUCGUCUCACCCCAGGGCCUGGUUUGUCUCCUUAGAUGGGAAGCCGGCCGCCCAGGUUCGCCACUCCAUUAUUGAGCUUCAGAGCCGCCACCGACCGCCUAGCAGCAACGACACCAGCCUGGACUCGGGGGUGGACAUGAACGAGCCUCAGCAGAAUAUCCGCGAGACAGAGCGUGACAGGCCUUCGAUCAGGGCCUCUUCCCUGCCGCACCACAGCCGAGGGGGUUAUGGUGAAGAACAGGACCUGAGCAGUAGUGAGAGUGGCACAACAGCCACCUGUACGCCGGAGGACCCUUACCUGAGGAACAUUUUAGACGGAAGCAGUGGGGCUAUUCCCAACAUUCCUGAAGAGCGAGACGGUAUGGAUACAUCCAGCGCUCAGGAGGACAGUGAGUCGAGAGGUACGCCGCCUCCACGGCGCCUGAGGAAGGUGAGGGAGAAGGGGAAGACGGACAAGAGGAGUGCCAAGCAUGUCCGCGAGGGGAGGCCUCUGACCAAGCGAAGUUAGAGCUCAUUGCAAACAUCAAGACAAGAAUUCUUUCAUCAGUGCUUAAUUUAAAUGUCCCAUUAACCAUUUAACCCAUAUGAAGCUAUUUUCAUCACAUGGUGUCAUCAGUGCUGAGUGAUCCAAAUUAGUUUUUACCACUUGUGCUCACACAGGCAUUGUUGUUGUUGAGUUAUGUGAUUGUACAACUUUGCCAAAGAAUGCAUAAGCUAGCUCAAGAAAUAAAGCAGGAUCUAUGUCAUGUUGAAGCAUUAUGUAGCUGCUGUUAGACAAGUUUGUGCACCAUGUUCUCUCAUUCUCCCGAAUCUGAAGAUCACCAGCGAGAUUCUUCACAGCAAAAUGUCCGUGUGAACACGAUAUCCCAUAGUCCCCAGCACUGGCAUUAUAAAGGGUGCCUUCUUACUGCCUGUAAUCAUUAAAUAUGAUUACAUAAGGCACAGUAUUUGUCUAUAUUUAGUAAAAUCCGGUGAGUUUGCAGGAUGGACACAAAUACAGGUCUAUGUGUAGUGCACUUAUCCUCACCAUAAAUGCCUGCUGUAAAUUAAAUAAGAUAUAGAAGUUUUCCCGGUUUGCAGUGCUGACAUCUUGUUUUGAUCAUACUGCCUCAUUUUACUUACAAAGAGACUCUGGGGUUCAUUAAAAGAUUCAGUUAUGUCAUUAUUGGAAUCAGCUCUGUCAGAAAAUUCAAGGUUUUAACUCAUGAGACGAAAUACUCCUUUAUAUCGGAGUAAAACACUGAUGUACAUUGUAAAGCCAAGCUGCCAUUUUGACAACACACCUGAUAUUCAAGGUUUUAAACCUACGAUUAUUUUAGAAUGCAUGAAAAUGAAUGUUCCCUUGUGUGUAUGAAAAAAUGUUGUGUUUUACUGUAGAGCUAACAUUACGCCAUCAUAGCCGUUAGAUUACUUGAUGACUGACAUGAGUCUUGAAAGGAGACUGUUGUGCUGCCAACUGUAACUACUGUAAGAAGCCAUUACAACAAUACCACCCCAGGACUUCUACACUAUGAUUAUGGGUAUCACAAUGUAAGAAUCACACCAAACUAUCCAGAAGCUCAGUAAAUAUAAUUUUAAACUACAUCCUUGGGUACCACAAGAGUUGGCUAAGACUUGGCACUAAAACAUUGUUUGUUUUAUGGGAUUCAUUAGUGUGACUGGACAGUGUGGGACAAUUCAGAUUGCCUGUCUGAAGCAACUCAUGGUACAACCAACUACUAUUAACAUCCUGAAAAAGAAAAAUUGCUGAUUGGUUGGAAGGGUGCUGUUAAAAUUAUUAUAACUGGACAGCUCUGAGGUAACUAUUUGAUAUAUUAACACUUUGCAUUAAUUCGGUGCCUUGCCCGUAUUCCCAAACCUCUUAAUACUGAUCAACAUGACCAUGGGAUUACUUUUUUUAUAUUGCGAGAUAUUACUGAAGAAAGAAAGAAAGAAAGAAAGAAAGAUGGCAUGGUAACAUGCUGAAUUAAGAUGGUGAACUCUCCUGUGAACAAGACUCCUAGUCUUGUUUGGGUUUAACAAAUUUCAACAAAUAUGUAUACAGAAGUACUUUACUCGCAUUCAUAGCUGUCCUCUACUAAUUGACAUGCCAGCUUUUGUCUUGAGUCAACUAAAGCACACCACACUUUAAUAUGUACCCAUUUGUUUCACUGGCACACAGUAUUCCCAGAAACCUAUUGAAUUUUCAGUGUAUAAAUAUUACAACAACAAUGGCAACAAUACUGAUAUCAGAAAGUGGUUCUACUAGCAAUAUUUAAAUUUAAAAUGGAACUUCUGUUAGUCUUCCGUCAUGGUACUACUGUAAAAUUUUUCACCGAUGAGUUCACUUUGUGUGUAUAAGGCUCGAUUCUGUAGCUACAUUCGUGUUUUUUAGUAUGUAUAUAGUAAAUCAACAUUUUAUGUAUUAUGUGACUGUGAUUUAAUUUAUUUUGUGCUGUUUUUCUUCCAUCUAAAAGCAAAAGGUCUGAGGUCUGAGAGGUGCAUCAGUGCGUUCCAGUAAACGGUUGAAUGACAAGGUUUUUAAACUAGUGUCAUAUGAGAUAUGUUAUCAAUAUGAAUUUUUUAAGGUUAGCCUAAAGAGUGAGUGUCUUUCCAAAGGAGCGUACAACAAGUCUGAGCUUUGUCAUUUUAAAUGUAGCAACAAGUUGAGCAUUAAUCAUUCAGUAUGCUUAAACGUGAAAAUACUUUCUCCUGCUAGUCAUCAGCUUGAAAAUACAUUAUAUCCCAGCUUACACAGCAACAUAAAGAGUAGUUUGUGAACACUUUGUGUUCAUCAAUCUUGACAAGCAAAUCAAACCUACUGCCACUCCUGUUUUAAAGUGAUCUUGCUGAAUGUAUUUGUAUUGAUUUUAAUGUGUUCUAUAGUGUGCUCCUCUUGUGUCUAGCCAUUGAACCUCAUGGGCUUUUGUUUCUUCCACAAUGGGCACCUCUUGUGUUGACCUCUGUAAUGAUGGUAGUGUUAUUAGUCUUGCAUUUUUGUGCACUAAAUUAAUAAAGUUCCUUGAUACCA